ACACGGGAGCUGUCGUCUCUCAGCCCCUGGAUUUGAGGGAUUUCUCCGGGAUUUCGUUGGGUAUUUCGGUGGUUUUGUUAUUACGCAGGUUUCUGGCCCUUUGUGGUCGGGAGGGAAAAUCUGCAGAGGGGAGCCAGGCGUUCCCCAAGGCUGCAAAUGCCAGAGGGCAAAAUCAAACCCGGCGCCGGUGGCUCGUAGUAGUGUCACCUGAAGGCAGUCCCUGCUGCCACCCUGAGUCACCGGCUGCGGGUUUUUGGGUGGCAGCGCUGCUCCCUGCCCAUGCUGAGGCUGCGCAGGGGACGUGGGACGCUGCCACCUACGUGCGCGGCCAGCUUCUCCCCCUGGACAGCGUCAGGCCAUGUUUGGGGUUUCCUUGUUCCUGUCGGAGCUCAAGUUCUCCAUUUUGGCUCCCAAAGCCGCCGGCCCACGGGGCCGCUGCCGGAUGGGAGAGCCCAGAGCCCUCGGCCCUGCCUUGGGGAGGAAAUAUUGAAUUUUCAGAGCCGCCGAUGCCUCGUCCGUGAGCCCCCAGUUCCCCUGCCCCAGCACGGACGCUUUCCAGAGGGGGCUGCAGGCUCGAGGCGGGCAGGGCACCGACCCCGCUGCCUCCCUCGAUGCUGCCAGGGCCGAGCCCUCGGCCGCUGCUGCUCUGGUGCACGAGGCCACCAGGAGCCAUCGGGGCGCCGCGCUUCUAGAAGGAGCUCGCCUCCUGCGCCCGGCGCUGCCUCCACCUCUCUACCGAAAGCUGGAAACCACAUGCAGGCGUAGAAGGGGUGAGCUGCGCCAAUUCCAGUGCCGGCUGCCCUCCACGGCUCGCUGGGGAGCUCGCUGAGGAGCUUGGAGCAGGCAGGGGGGGAGCCGGGGGUUGCUCUCCAGGGGCUUUGCCCCGGUGCCGUGCGCCGCGAGCGGAGCCGUGGGGCGCAGGUGGUGAGCCAUGGCGGUGUGGAUCCAGGCGCAGCAGCUCCAGGGCGAAGCCCUGCGGCAGAUGCAGGCUCUCUACGGGCAGCACUUCCCCAUCGAGGUGCGGCACUACCUGUCGCAGUGGAUCGAGAGCCAGGCAUGGGACUCCAUCGACCUCGACAACCCCCAGGAGAACGUGAAGGCGACGCAGCUGCUGGAGGGGCUGAUCCAGGAGCUGCAGAAGAAGGCGGAUCACCAAGUGGGUGAGGACGGCUUCCUGCUGAAGAUCAAGCUGGGGCACUACGCGACGCAGCUGCAGAACACGUACGACCGCUGCCCCAUGGAGCUGGUGCGCUGCAUCCGGCACAUCCUCUACCACGAGCAGAGGCUGGUGCGGGAGGCGAACAACAGCCCCUCUCCGGCCGGCUCCCUGGUGGAUGCCAUGUCGCAGAAGCACCUGCAGAUCAACCAGACCUUCGAGGAGCUGCGGCUCAUCACGCAGGACUCGGAGAACGAGCUCAAGAAGCUGCAGCAGACGCAGGAGUACUUCAUCAUCCAGUACCAGGAGAACAUGCGCCUCCAAGCCCAGUUCUCCCAGCUCUCCCAGCUGGGUCCCCAGGAGCGCCUGUCCCGGGAGACGACGCUGCAGCAGAAGAAGGCGUCGCUGGAGGCUUGGCUGCACCGGGAGGCCCAGACACUACAGCAGUACCGCGUGGAGCUGGCCGAGAAGCACCAGAAGACGCUGCAGCUGCUGCGCAAGCAGCAAACGACCAUCCUGGACGACGAGCUGAUCCAGUGGAAGCGCCGGCAGCAGCUGGCGGGGAACGGGGGUCCCCCCGAGGGUACCCUGGACGUGUUGCAGACCUGGUGCGAGAAGCUGGCGGAGAUCAUCUGGCAGAACCGGCAGCAGAUCCGCCGGGCCGAGCACUUGUGCCAGCAGCUGCCCAUCCCCGGCCCCGUGGAGGAGAUGCUGUCGGAGCUGAACGGCACCAUCACCGACAUCAUCUCUGCCCUGGUCACCAGCACCUUCAUCAUCGAGAAGCAGCCCCCCCAGGUGCUGAAGACGCAGACCAAGUUCGCGGCCACCGUGCGGCUCCUGGUGGGGGGGAAGCUGAACGUGCACAUGAACCCCCCCCAGGUGAAGGCCACCAUCAUCAGCGAGCAGCAAGCCAAGGCCCUGCUGAAGAACGAAAGCACCCGCAAUGAGAGCAGCGGGGAGAUCCUCAACAACUGCUGCGUGAUGGAGUAUCACCAGGCCACCGGCACGCUCAGCGCCCACUUCCGCAACAUGUCCCUGAAGCGGAUCAAGCGCUCGGACCGCCGCGGCGCUGAGUCAGUGACGGAGGAGAAGUUCACCAUCCUCUUCGAGUCCCAGUUCAGCGUCGGUGGCAACGAGCUGGUCUUCCAGGUGAAGACGCUGUCCCUGCCCGUGGUGGUGAUCGUGCACGGCAGCCAGGACAACAACGCCACGGCCACCGUGCUCUGGGACAACGCCUUUGCGGAGCCUGGCCGCGUCCCCUUCGCGGUGCCCGACAAGGUGCAGUGGCCGCAGCUCUGCGAGGCGCUCAACAUGAAGUUCAAGGCGGAGGUGCAGAGCAGCCGCGGGCUGACGAAGGAGAAUUUGGUGUUCCUGGCGCAGAAGCUCUUCAACAGCACCAGCACCCACCUGGAGGAUUACAGCAGCACCACGGUGUCCUGGUCCCAGUUCAACCGGGAAAACCUGCCCGGGAGGAAUUACACCUUCUGGCAGUGGUUCGACGGCGUGAUGGAGGUGCUGAAGAAGCACUUGAAGCCACACUGGAACGACGGGGCCAUUCUGGGCUUCGUCAACAAGCAGCAGGCGCACGACCUGCUCAUCAACAAGCCCGACGGCACCUUCCUCCUGCGCUUCAGCGACUCGGAGAUCGGCGGCAUCACCAUCGCGUGGAAAUUCGACUCCGCUGAGAGGAUGUUCUGGAACCUGAUGCCUUUCACCACCAGGGAUUUCUCCAUCCGCUCCCUGGCCGACCGCCUCGGGGACCUCAGUUACCUCAUCUACGUGUUCCCCGACCGGCCCAAGGACGAGGUCUUCUCCAAGUACUACACGCCGGUUCUCUGUGAGUCCACGCCAGCUAAAGCCGUGGACGGGUACGUGAAGCCACAGAUCAAGCAAGUAGUGCCAGAGUUUGUCAGCGCAUCAGGCGACGCUGCCCCCGGGGGGGCCACCUACAUGGACCAGGCUCCUUCGCCCGCCGUCUGCUCCCAGCCCCAUUACAACAUGUAUGCCCAGAACCCCGACGCCGUGCUGGACCCCGAGGGCGACUUUGACCUCGACGACACCAUGGAUGUGGCCAGGCACGUGGAGGAGCUGCUGCGGCGCCCCAUGGACAGUCAGUGGAUCCCCCACGCCCAGUCGUGACCCCUGGGCGUCCCAACCCCAUGCCAGCCGCCCCCCCCCCGGCGCUGCGGGGACUGUGCUGUGUUCGUGUCUCUGUGCCCAGCUGGGGGGGGGGGGUGUCAGGCGGCGAUGUUGGGGGGGGUCUCGCCCCCAGAGAUUUGCUCUGUGCUGUCCAGAAACGCAGGGUGGUGUCCGGCUCUUUGGUGUUUAUGCCCUUGUAUAAAAGGCAGCGGAUUUGUCGCAUGUUCCCCCCCCUCCCCUCCACUCCCCCCCCCCCCGUGUUCCUUUUCAAAAAGGCCCAGCUUUGGCUUUCUGCUUCUGUGAGCACCGGCCCCCCCGGAGCUGCCCCGCUUCCCGUAGCCUUGUCCUGUGCCCCCCCCCCCCAAAAAAAAAAAAAAAAAGUGGGGUUUCUCGGGGCGGGGGGGGCCGAGGGGGGGGCCUGGAUUUGCUUUCUGCAGUCGUCACCAGGAAUGUACGUGUGCGCCUUGGUGUUUUCAGCUCCUUGACUCUGUUCCCCAAGGGAGGGGGGGGGAGCAUGGGGCGGGAGGGGGGGGGAUAUAGCCCGUGCUGGUGCUCUGCGCCAUCGGGGGUCCCCUCCUGGACCUCAUCUCCUCCUCUGGCCCAUCAAGGAUUUGGGAGCCCCCCCCGGCUCCCAGCCCCGCUGUGUCCCCCUCUGGCCUCUCCAGCACCAGCGCAGCAAGGGGGGGGCAGAGCAGGAGGGGAACCGGAGAGGGGGCGGCAGGGACGGGCACGGGGUGGGGUGGGGUGGGGGGGGCAGGAUGGGAACCCUCCGUUCCCCCCCCCCCACCUCCUGCCUCGUCCCAUCCGUGUCCCCGAAACUCUGGUUGCCUGGCGAUGUUAUUUUUCUACCACAGAGUAAAUAAAGCACGGAAUAUUUUUGUAACACAAAA